AUGGAAGAGUCAACUGAUCCUCAACUGAUCCUGGUGAAACAGAAUAAGACAUGGGAAGAGGCCUUGGACUACUGCAGGAGCUAUUACACUGACCUGGCCAGCCUGCGAUCAGAUGAGGAGAACGACUGGGCAGCGAUGAAAAGCCAAAUGGCCGAGACAGAACACUUGUGGAUUGGCCUGCACUAUGUGGCCAAAUACUGGAUUUGGGUAAAUGGAUAUGCUCUGGAAUACAAGGCCUGGUCUGAGGAUGGACACCCCAAGUGUCCUGGCAGCAGCCACCGUUGUGGAGCUCUGGAGACAGAAGAAAAGACCUGGAAACCCAGAGACUGUGAGGAGAAACUCAACUUUCUGUGCCUCAAAAAAUUAACAGACUGA